AUGGUUUUCCGGUCGUGUGUUGUUACGGUGGGCCGGCACUCAGCUAGGGUUCCUAGUUUACUCUCUUCUCUUUUCUUUUAUCCAAUUUGCAAUAAUGCGCUAACCAAUACAGCAACGGCCAGCCGAGUUUCUAGAUACAACGUUCUAUACAGGAAGAGAACGGUGGCAGCGGAGAGGGGUUUGGUUCUUUCAUAUGCAGUAACUGGCCGAAGAAAGAUCCAUACAAAGCAGGAAGGUGAUAAGAAGAUAGAACGGUGGAAUAAAAUAGAAGAAAGUUGUCCGAUUGAUGAACUGAUAUUGGACUCGGUUGUAGAGGUAUCCUCUACCUCUACCGUGUACAGCAAAUCCAAACCUUGGGAGACUCUAGACGAAAAAUCAUCCAAAGGCUCUGGAUUUGUAAUCGCGGGAAAGAAAAUUCUUACGAACGCUCAUGUGGUGAGGGCAAUGAAUGAUCACACAUCCGUGAACGUCAAAAAACAUGGCUCUCCAAUCAAUUACAAAGCAAAAGUUCAAAAGAUUUCACAUGAAUGUGAUUUGGCUAUCUUGAAGAUCGAUAGCGACAAGUUUUGGGAUGGUAUGAAUCCCUUAAAGCUCGGAGAUAUACCACCACUCGGAGAAGUUGUGUCUGUUGUUGGUUAUUUAAAAGGUGGUGAAAAUAUCUGCGUUACAAAAGGUCUCGUACUUAGAGUUGAAACUAAAAAAUACGAUCACAGUGACAAGGAUCUGCUAUCGAUACAAAUUGAUGCAAGUAUCGACCAUGGAAAUACUGGGGGCCCGGUAAUUAUGGGAAACAAAGUCGUUGGUGUAGCAUAUGCAUUUUACUCUACUAAGAACUCAGGUUUUGUGAUCCCAACUCCAAUAAUUAAGCAUUUUAUAACUGGUGUUCAAGAAAGCAGACAAUAUUCUGGUUUCGGCUCAUUGGAUCUAUCAUAUCAGUCUCCUGAAAAUGUUCACAUCCGUAAUCAUUAUAAGAUGAGCCCUGAAAUGAUAGGAAGAAAUGAUGAGAAAGUUCCUUUCCAAAACAAAAAUCGGAUAAAUUUCUCCCACCUGGUUUCUUGUGAAAAGGCCUUAGUUAAAGUUUUACGAAAGGGAAAAGAGCAUGAGUACAAUAUCACUCUUAAACCGGUGAAACCAAACGUUAAAGUGCAACAAUUUUAUAAUCUUCCAAGUUAUUACAUAUUUGGGGUUUUUGUUUUUGUGCCCCUCACUAAAGCAUAUUUUGAUGAGUACGGCCUUAGUGGGUGCAAAUGUGCAUUAUAUGAUACGUACAUAAAGGCUGGUGAACAUCAACUAGUCAUAAUUUCCCAGAUAUUAGACGAUGACAUCAACAAAGAAUAUCAAAGUUUAGAAGAUUUGCAGGUGAAGAACGUGAACAGAGUGAAAAUUAAGAAUUUGAAGCAUCUAUGCGAGCUAGUAGAGAAAUGUAGCACCAAAGAUUUGAGGUUUGUCUUAGAAGAUGAUAACGUUAUGGUCCUCAACACUGAAUCUGCUAGAAAGGCAACGUUAAAGAUCAUGGAACGUCACAAAAUAAAGUCGGUCAUAUCUAAGGACAUUUGUCUUCCUAUGUUGCUUGAUGAUCCGUUCAAAGACAAUAUGAUCAACCUUCUUCUUUGGAGUAUUCUUCCUAUGUUAGAUCUAGUACACAAGGAUUGA